AUGCAGAUACUGUGCAGCCUUUUCUCGGCCCUGAUGAUACUGAGCAGUGUGGAUGGAUGUGACUUUGCUGAGCCCAUCUGCGGGGCUGAAGCCCCCGGGGACGUUAUAAUAGGUAUGAUGCUGCCUUCUCAUCGAAAAGUGACCGGUCUCCAAGAACGGAUUAGACCUGGAAACUUCCAAUGCUCAGACUUUGAUCUGCAGUCAUUUAUGAGAUCCUUGGCUGCAAUCCAUGAAAUUGAGAAGAUAAAUGCAGCUGGCUUCCUCCCAGGAGUGCGUCUGGGAUAUUUGCUGUGUGACACAUGCUCCUCUGCAAGCAAGGCAUUACAGAAUGUGGGACCCAUGCUCGCAGUCAACAGCUCUCUAGAUGUGGAGUGCGACUACACCGACUACAGGCCCAGAGUCAAGAUUAUUUUGGGAGCUGUAUACUCUGAGGUGACCAUUGCUGUGGCCAGACUGCUUAAUGUGUACAUGGUCCCUCUACUGAGCAGCACAUCAUCCUCACCAGAGCUGAGUGAUAAGACACGCUACCCAGUUUUUAUGCGCACUGUUCCUAGUGAUAAGCAUCAGACCAAAGCACUGGCCAAAAUUAUGCAUUACUAUCGCUGGAACUGGGUUGGGGUUGUGUAUGGUGACGACGAAUAUGGCAGAGCAGCUUUCCAGAGCUUCCUUGGGGCUGCUGAGGAAAAUAGUGUAUGUUUGGCCUUCCAAGAGGUGCUGCCUCAUUACCUCGAUCAUUCAGAAAGCAAUCAACGUAUCAAGCAAGUUGCCCAGCAGAUCCGCUCCUCCACUGCCCACGUGGUACUGCUGAUCAUUAGGGAAGAGCUGGUGAAGGCCCUCUUUAAGGAAAUGAUCAGUACCAACACAUCAAGGAUCUGGAUUGCCAGUGAUGCCUGGUCCAGGAGCAUGACCCUUGCCCAAAUGGUUGGCAUCAACAAGGUUGGGGACAUCUUGGGCUUUACUUUUGUUUCACACAAGAGUGAAUCAUUUGAUAAUUAUCUCAAGAAUCUCACAGCAACCCCAGGAGGGUAUAACCGCUUCAUUGAAGAAUACAAGAACCUGAGAUUCAACUGCACCCCAGAAUGUUCUUCAAACAAGCCUCCAUCCUAUUGUCCCCCACCUGAUCUCCUGGAAAUAAAAUCUGGCAAUGCAUGUAAUUUCACGGAUCCCCAAGAGCAAACUGAUGACUAUCUUGUAAAGGCUCUGGAUACCAGUGAUGCCUUCCUUCACAAAGUAGCUGUGCAGGCUGUAGCACAUGCUCUCAAAAAGCUACUAAAGUGCAACAGUUCUUCAUGCUCGGGAGAAAUUGACUUCCAACCAUGGAAGCUUCUUCAAGAGCUGAAGAAUGUUAACUUUGAGUAUGACAACCACAAUUUCUACUUUGAUGAAUAUGGUGAUUUUGUAAAUUUUUAUGAUUUGAUCACAUGGAAAAAAGAUGGAGACCACAGAAGCUUUCUCAGGAUUGGGAAAUACAGUGUCCUUAAUAAAGAAAUUAAACUCGAUAUUAAAAAUUUCACCUGGCUUUCAACAGGCAAUACCACGAUCCCUCAGUGUAGAUGCUCAACGCCCUGCGCCCCUGGCUGGGUAAAGACGAUCUUGAAUGUAUCCUGCUGUUACAACUGCACCCUGUGUGCAGAAGGGACCUAUUCAGAUGACUAUGAUCUCCAUAUCUGCAAAAAGUGUCCGAAUGGAACCUGGUCUCUCAAGGGUUGGACUCAGUGCAAGCCAAGAUUGGAGUCCUACAUGCGAUGGAGCGAUCCUCAUCCCAUCGCCAUGAUGGCUGCUGCAGGCUUUGGCACCUUGCUCUUGAUAGUUAUCUUCAUUAUCUUUUUGGUGUACAGAAAGUCCUCACCCAUGAAAAGAGCGGAGGUGAGAUUGUCCUGUGUGAUGAUGGCUGGUCUGUCAGUGAGCUUCGCAAGUGUGAUAUGUUUCAUGGGCAAGCCCAAUGUACAUCUCUGCCGGGCCCGCCAGGUAAUGUAUGCCAUGGGGUUCACCCUGUGUGUCUCCUGUAUCAUAGUCAAGGCCUUUCGUACCAUUCUGGCUUUCCUUCCGUUUGGUCAGCUGACGAACCAAGGACUACACAAACUUUACCGACCACCUCUAAUUGUCAUCGUCAUAACCUCUCUCCAGGGGAUCAUCUGUCUUCUCUGGCUGAUCUUUGAUUCUCCUGAUAUUGAUGACACACCUCCAUCCCCACAAAGCAUGAUGAAACUACUGCAGUGUAGUGAAGGUGCCACAUACAUAGGUUUUGGCAUUAUGUUGAGCUACAUAGCUCUCCUAGCAUUUGUUGGCUUCCUGCUGGCCGUCAAAGGCAGGAAGGUUCCUCAGGAGUUUAGCGAAACAGGCUACAUCAUUUUUAGCAUGCUGAUGUACUUGUUUGUAUGGGUAUGUUUUGUCCCAGUCUAUAUCACCAACAGUGAACAAGGCACUUCUGUGCAGGCUUCAGCCAUUCUAGUGUCUAGCUAUGGCAUCAUCUUCUGCCAUUUCUUACCCAAGUGCCACGAAGCACUUUGGGGGUCAAACACAGAUACACUGGAGAAGAUUCUGAGGAGAUGGCGAGUCUUCUCCAGCCCAAAUGUCGAUUUGGAGACAGAUAUAGAUAUCUCUGGAAACACUACACACCCAAAAAAGAAUGAGAGGUUUUCCAUAUCAAGUACAACAACUGAACUAGGCGAGGACAGCCCCGUUUUGGUGCCGGUUGACAUGUCUAUGUCCAAGCCUAUCCAUGCCUACCAUCUGCCUAAUAGGUUAGGAACAAAAUUAACACAGAGAUGUAGGAGUGUGUCCUGCUAAUACUGGUUCCAGGAAAAUCUGAUAUGUAUUGCACUGAUAUUUUUUUUAUACCUUUUCCC